UAAAUUAUUAUGAAAGAUGAUGAAAGUCAGAAGAUUGGCAGUUUCUUUGUUGAGGUGUAGGUAUUAUUCUACUCCUCGUCCUCACCCAGCAAUAGACAGGAUUAUAAGAGUGGAUCAUGCUGGAGAGUAUGGAGCUGAUAGAAUAUACACUGGACAAAUGGCAGUACUGGGAACUCAUCCUUCAGCUGGUCCAGUAGUAAAGCAUAUGUGGGAGCAAGAGAAAGCUCAUUUGGAAUUAUUUGAAAGACUAGUGAAGGAAAGAAGAGUGAGACCAACUGCUUUGAUGCCUCUGUGGAACAUAGCUGGAUAUGCACUGGGUGCUGGUAGUGCACUAUUAGGUAAAGAGGCAGCAAUGGCUUGUACUGUUGCUGUUGAACAAGCAAUUGGAGAGCAUUAUAAUGAUCAGCUAAGGGAGCUGUUGAAUAGAGAAGAGAAAGAUGAAGAACUUUUAAAAAGUAUAAAGGAUUGUAGAGAUGACGAGUUGGAUCAUCUUGAAACUGGUUUAGAACAUGAUGCUGAACAAGCUCCUGCUUAUGAGAUAUUCUCACAAAUAAUAAGAACUGGAUGUAAGACAGCAAUAUGGCUAUCUGAAAGAAUAUAACUAUCACAACUAAUUGAACAUCAAUUUUGAAUUUUUUGAUUGUACAUAUAGAUAUAUAGAUAGAUA